AUGCAAAUAAACGACAACGACGAUUCUUCAUUUGAUCAAACAACUAUAUAUGAAAGAGAAGAAAAUGAAAAGUUAAUAUUAGAUACUCCUAUAAAGUCUGAUUCAAUGGUGGAACAACAAACGUAUAGUUUUUAUCGAUAUGACUGGACUUCUAUACCUUCAACACUUUUAGCUACUACCUCUGAUAGAUAUAAUAAAACAUGUGCUGAAUCAAUUAUUCUUGAUCAACCUAUUCUUACUAGAUCACUCGGUUCAAUACAAAAUAACAACAAACUUACAAAUAAUUUUUUCAAAUCUUGUCAAUGGUCUCCUGAUGGUACUUGUCUUUUAACCAAUUCUGAAGAUCGAACGAUACGAUUAUUUAAUAUUCCUUCGUCUGCAUAUGAUAUUUCUUCUGUUGAAUCCUUAAUACCUUCUAUUGGUAUUGUUGAAGCAGAAUCGAUUUGUGAUUUAACUUGGUUUCCUUUAAUGAAUACUCAAGAUCCUACUACUUGUUGUUUUUUGUCUUCAGUACGUGAUCAUCCUGUAAGAUUAUGGGAUGCCACCACUGGAAAAGUCCGUGCAUCUUACAGUGUUGUUGAUCAUCGAGAAAGAUUCAUUGGUCCAAACGUAGUUAAAUUCAAUCUGGAUGGAACAAAGAUUUAUUGCGGUUAUGAAAAUAUGAUUGAAAUAUUCGACUUGAACACACCAGGAAAUAAUAUAUCAACAAAAAUCGCCACUACACCUAAUAGAAAAAGCAAGAAAGGACAAAAAGGAAUUAUCUCAUGUAUCGACUUCAAUCGAGAUCUCAGUGGUAUGUAUGCAGCUGGUUCUUAUAGUCAAUCCAUUGGUAUUUAUGAUGAACGAACAGAUGAACUAUGUCUCAAAUUAACUGGAAUGAAAGGUGGUGGAGUCACCCAAGUCAUGUUCUCUAUGGAUGGUACUCGAUUAUUCUCUACUUGUCGACAAUCUAAUUCUAUUCUAUGUUGGGAUAUACGACAAUCUGCCAAUAUUUUGUAUGAUCUAGAUAGAAAAGGGAAAACAAAUCAACGUGUUACAUUCGAUCUGGAUCCCACUGGGUCUGUGUUGAUUUCAGGUGAUCAGGAUGGAAAUGUAUUGACAUAUGAUCUCACAACAUUGGAUGAAGAAGAUGUAGAAACAAAACCAAGAUUAUUAUCAUCCUGGAAAGCACAUCAAGAUAUUACUUCUGGAGCAACAUUUAACCCGGUAUACCCAUCCAUCUUGGCUACUUGUUCUGGUCAAAGAAAAUUUGAUAUUGGAUAUUUAUCAGAUAGUGAUGAUGAUUAUGACAUGAAUGAAGAAACAGUAGAUAACUCUCUUAAACUUUGGCAGCUGGCUGGUCAAUAUGAAUGGUAUUCAAUGGAUAUGCAAAUAACUGAAAAUGAUAAAGACACUACUUUGUGUUAGAUCACACCCUUGAUUAGAUUUAGAUGUUUAUAUUAGACUCACAUAUAUUACAUAUGUUUCUUCACUUUUUAUAUAUGUCUACUUUAUUUUGUAAAUAAUAAUAAACUUCAAUUGCUGUUCUUCAUCAUACAACUUAUUGGAUCUACGUAUUUCGCAGCCCCACUUCAGUGUUUGAAAAGAAAAAAAAAUGGAAAAAUGGUUAAAGGAAAAGAAAAUCCUCCGGCGCCAAGGCACGGUCGCCAUGCAUCAACCCAUCCAGGAUGUACGUGACGCAAAAGGGAUAGUAUAAGUAUCAUAAUGAUAAAAAAAAAAGGAUCCAAGAAGCAAGAAAGACGGAGAGACGCAAGGAGAGACAACCAGAGGCACAAUAAGAACAAGGAGAAAACCGGGGAAACAAGAAUCAAUAUUCUAUCGCGUAUGGUCAAGGAAGCAGACAAAAAGAAGCAGAUGAUUUUUUGUUUUUUUUUCUUUUUGUUUUUUUUUUUUUU